AUGUCUUUAGCCACCGAACUCAUGUUGUUGCUGAUUAGGGAGCCGUUGGGAAAGUCGACAAAGACACUGAUCGCAUGGAUGCAAAGGAAAAGGCUACUGCCAAGAGUGGUGAAGUGCCGACUUUGCCACCGCGACAUGAAGAUGGUCAGCAGCAGCACAUCCGAUGGUUUCAAAUGGGUGUGCAGGCAUGCAAGCCACAAAGGGAGGAAGACCAGCAGCACGGUGCGGCGUGGUUCGCUCUUUGAAAGGUCAAAAGUGAGCUUGGCGUCCUGGAUGACCUUUAUAUACCGUUUCUCCCAGGGACUGCGUCUCCGGCAGAGCGACAUGGUGGAGGACCAGCUCGCCGGAAGUUCCCGGACACUCUCCAAGAUGGCCACAGUUCUCAGAGGAAUUUGCAAGACUGCCAUGAAGAACUACAGAAGACGCCAGGGCCAAGUAGUGGGAGGUGGACAGGAGUUUGCCGUCAUAGAUGAGAGCUGUUUCCGACAUAAACGCAAGUAUCACCGCGGAAGGGCGGCUGCUACGUGGCGAAGGAAAAAGUGGGUGUUUGGCAUCCUAGGAGUAGGUGGCCGGCGGAAUCGCCCCGUGUUGCGGCUGGUGAGAAGACGACGACGGGAGAAUCUCAUUCCCAUCCUGGUUAAACAUGUGCGUCCAGGAACCACCGUCAUCAGUGACCAGUGGGGCGCCUACAGGGGUGCAUUGGCUGCGCUGGGCUACAGGCACUUUGCGGUGAACCAUUCACAGUGGUUUGUGGAUCCAAACACCGGGGCCCACACCCAGCACAUUGAGAGGGCAUGGCUGAAGUACAAGUCCACAAUUUGGAGACUGAGGGGAAACAGAACGGAGACACUCCUGAAGGACCACCUCUGCCUCAUCGAGUGGACUCACUGGCUCGGCAACGUGCAUCGCAAUGGCACCCUCGGAAGACUGCUGCGAGAUAUUCGACGGCAGUACAGAGUCUAGUGUGUGUGUGUGUACGCAUGCGCUCGCGUUUGUCCACCCCAGCGUUCUCUCUGGACCAUGCCGCUUGGACUUUUGCACUUACUCUGUGUGUGUGUGUGUGUGUGUGUGUGUGUGUGUGUGUGUAUUUCUCUCUCUCUCUCUCUCUCUCUCUCUCUCUCUCUCUCUCUCUCUCUCUCUUCAUUUUUUUGUUCAUUAAACUUUUUAC